UGUGGGAAGUUCGUCUGACUAUCUGUUUGUCCGUAUGACUGUAUCUCUUUCUUUCUGUUUUCGCAGCUCUCGCGGUGAUUCUCACUGUGUUACAAACAUGCGGCCCAGUUCUGUUUGCGCGCUCAGUGGAACCGCAAUUCAAUUACUGGCCUAAAUACUCGCGCAAUAAUUUCCAUUUUCAUUUAGGAUAAAUCUAUAAUUCAAAUUUUUAUUUUUUUCAAGUUUUCAAUCCGACAUUUUUUGAGCUGGUAUCAAGUUCCAAAAAUUAAGUUUCACGUAAUUAAACUCGGAAGAGAAUAAGAUAUUGUUUGAACUUGUGAACUCCUUUUUUUAUUCUACUAUUAUAUUAACAUCCAAGUUUCUGGCUCAAGGAAUACGCCAACGAAAUUACGGAAACAUUUCGAGUCCAAUGGCGUUCCGAUGACGCGAUAUUCGGUAAGAAAUUUGCACAAUUUCAUAAAUAAAUUCGUAUAAUUUGCAGCGAUUUUUCAGAAUAACAGUAACACACACGAUCGUAUCUGUCACUACCAUCAGUAACAAACCGUACGCGAGAAUCGAGUAAUCGCCCAUUAAUAACGAAUAUAUUUGUAAAAUGAUAUCUAUAAUCGUGUACGGACAGAUUACCUGUAGGUGAGCAAGAGAGAGAGUUCAGUUUAUAAUUUUAAGUAAAAUUGUUGCGCCGUUAUUACACACCGUGAGAUGAAUUGAUAGGGAUAGCUGAGAGGUGCGUAUUUAACGUGGGAUGAGCGCGGAGGAGGGUGACCAGGUCCUUAUUUGGAGGAUGGUUUCAUCCCGCAUCCCCGCGUGGGUGCCGUGCGUCUCCCACCGAUGUUCACUCUGCCGAUUAAAAACGACGUACGAUUAGGACUCGUUUACUUCGAAGAAGUGUGGAGGUAGCCGCCGAUUUGCGUACAUACAAAAAGUACGCUAGUCUCAGCGUCAUUUGCCCGACUCCGAGACCUUUAUAACAAAUUUUAUCUCUCCGAAUUUGAAAUUCAUUAAUUCCCGUUGGCUUACCUCAAUGAUCUGCUGUGCACCAAAGAGCAUUUACACAUGCCAUCUCUGCAUACGCAUACAUUAACCGCAUACAUUCGCCAAAUGUAUUACCUACUUAAUUCGUACAAUGAAUCGAUGGCUUGAGAAAAAUGAAAAUAUCGAAAUGAUGCUCUUAAUUUCCUACAAAGUCUUUUUCCUGCCCUCCGUUGAUCCUCCGAAGUUAUGCCACAGCACAGUACUUAUUUUCAGAUGCAGACCAACGUUUUGUGGUGCCCAGGAGGCUGGUGGCUAGCAGUUCUGCUUUCAUUUCCGUUUCUCCAAUCGCGGUCGCGCGGAGAGCCACAUUUGCAUCCUCGCCCUCAGAACGGAGGUACGGGUUCUCCGCAUGACCACGGUCUGCGACCUGCGGAAUCCUGGCUCUCUGCUCUGUUACCAGAGCCCGAAGAUGAAACCUUAGAUCCACCGCCAGAGGAGAGGGAGGAGACGCAUCUGCUUGCUCUCUUAGGAGCAGAUUACGAUGCAGCCUUCAUGUCAAAUUCGAAACCAAAUUCCAGCGCUCGACUUUCUUGGGAAUUUCCCUUCCGGGCUGAUUGGCGAGGACGGCUCAUUCCUACAGGAGAAAUGCCUCGUGCUUUGCGAACUCUUCACCUUGGCUAUGUGCGGCUCCCCGAUGGCUCACGCCUAAAAACCAGAGUGUCGGGUAAGUUGAAGAGAAAAUUGAGGCGAUUGUUGUGGGCGUACACCUUUUGCCCAGUUCAAUGGAGGUGGAAAAAUCUGGGAAUAAGAUUUUGGCCACGCUGGAUUAAGCAGGGAAAAUGUUCCCAAGGAAAAGGCGUAUCUUGUAGCAUUCCUUCCGGAAUGAAAUGCAGACCUGCGACUACCGACUACAAAAAAUUCCUGAGGUGGCACUGCGUUCAGAAGGGGGAGUGCAAAUGGCGCACGGUUGAAUAUCCGGUGGUGACGCAGUGCGCCUGUUCCUGUUCUCAUGUUCUCCAUUCUGUAACUGCGGACAUGACCCGGGUUUAAUCGAAGUGCAACAUUUAAACACUAACAGGACAGACCAUCAACAGAAGACAUAAGCUUGAAGAA